CUCCUGCGCCAUAGAGGGCGCUCAACAGAGACACAGAGGGCGUCAUAAUCAAGAAAGACUCGAUUUCUUCUCAGUAUUAUGAAUGAAGUCUGAUUUUUUGUUUUAAAUGUUUCCUUUAAGCGUGUGAUCAUCUAACAUUAACCGUGAAGUUCUUAUAACGAGCAAAGAUAAGCUCGUUUAAACCGCUUUAAGAUGUCUGCUAGCGCUGUGUAUGUCCUGGAUUUAAAAGGAAAGGUGUUGGUGUGUCGUAACUAUCGGGGAGAUGUGGACAUGUCUGAGAUCGAGCACUUCAUGACCCUUCUGAUGGACAAGGAGGAGGAGGGAACACUCUCCCCGAUCCUGGCUCACGGAGGAGUUCGUUUCAUGUGGAUUAAACACAAUAAUCUUUAUCUGGUUGCAACAUCCAAGAAGAAUGCCAGUGUCUCAUUGGUUUUCUCCUUCUUGUACAAAAUUGUUCAGGUGUUUUCAGAGUAUUUUAAAGAGUUGGAGGAAGAAAGCAUUAGAGAUAACUUUGUCAUCAUAUAUGAGCUGAUGGAUGAGCUGAUGGACUUCGGUUACCCUCAGACCACUGACAGCAAAAUCCUGCAGGAAUAUAUAACCCAGGAGGGACACAAGCUAGACACCGGUGCUCCUCGACCCCCCGCCACAGUCACCAAUGCUGUUUCCUGGAGGUCGGAGGGCAUCAAGUACAGGAAGAACGAGGUCUUCCUGGACGUCAUUGAGUCAGUCAACCUACUGGUUAGCGCCAACGGGAAUGUUUUGCGUAGUGAGAUUGUCGGCUCCAUUAAGAUGCGUGUUUUCCUGUCUGGAAUGCCUGAGUUACGUCUGGGUCUAAACGACAAGGUUCUGUUUGAGAACACUGGACGAGGGAAGAGUAAAUCAGUUGAGCUGGAGGAUGUGAAGUUCCACCAGUGCGUUCGUCUGUCUCGCUUUGAGAAUGACCGCACCAUCUCCUUCAUUCCUCCUGACGGAGAGUUUGAACUGAUGUCGUACCGCCUCAACACCCACGUGAAACCUCUGAUCUGGAUUGAAUCGGUUAUUGAGAAGCACUCUCACAGCCGGAUCGAGUACAUGAUCAAGGCAAAAAGCCAGUUCAAGAGGCGCUCCACCGCCAACAACGUGGAGAUUCACAUUCCUGUUCCAACGGACGCUGACUCACCCAAGUUCAAGACCACAGUGGGCAGCGUGAAGUGGGUGCCUGAGAACAGUGAGAUCGUCUGGUCCAUCAAGUCCUUUCCUGGAGGAAAGGAGUAUCUGAUGCGGGCUCACUUCGGGUUGCCAAGCGUGGAGGCCGAAGACAAAGAGGGGAAACCACCAAUCAGUGUCAAGUUUGAGAUCCCGUAUUUCACCACCUCGGGGAUCCAGGUGCGUUACCUGAAGAUUAUUGAGAAGAGUGGCUACCAGGCCCUGCCGUGGGUGCGUUACAUCACCCAGAACGGAGAUUACCAGCUCCGGACUCAGUAGGCAGCGCCUCGGCAGGUGGAAGUCGGGGCGGGGCGGAGUCGAGCCGUUAAUAUUCUGUCAAUGGCAGGUGGCAGUCAGGAGAGAGGAGGACUGUCAGUAUUUACUUUUAGUGUUAAAUUCUUUAUUUGUUAAAGCUCUAUACAUUCAGGAUCAAUGCAAAUAUCGGACGAAGGCUUCAGUAGGGCAAGGGUUAAAGAAACAUAUGAAUGUGUGGCUCCUGAAAGGACGGAGACCAAAAUAAUGAGGAGUAAUGUUUACAGAGGGGUUCACAAUCUGUCAGCGUGGGUUGUAAGGUUGAAAGAGUUUGUUACAAAUCUCAUUUAGAGUUACUGUAAUCACCUUCACAGGUCAGCGCAUUCACUCACACUUUAUAUAUUUUCUAUGAAGUUGCCACGAUUCAUGUUUUUUGAUUAUCUGUAUAUAUUUGUUACAUGUUAAUGAAUUUGGAGUCAGUGUUAUUAGUCAGAGGACGGAAAAUAAAUAUGUAAUUUUUUUUAUUAUUACCUCCACAUGAUGCCAUCGACACAUGCCAAAGCAAAGCCUUCCUGCUUGGCUCUUGCUCCACCUUUUUAUGGCUGUUUGACUCUGUUAAUGUUCAGCUUUGCGGAAAAAAAAAUGUAGAUGAUUAAAGGUGCACAGAAAGCAUCCCGCUACCUGAUUUCCUCUUCUCUGUCUGCAGCCGUGUUAUUUCCAGUCAUUAAAUGUAAAUUUAGAAAAAAA